GGCUACUAUUAUAAAUAUUUAAACUAUCAUUUAUAUGGUAGGUAUAGAGAGAUCAGAACAAGGCGAGUCGCGACGUAACACACACACACAACAGCUCAACACUUAUUAGAAAAGAGAGAGAGAGAGAGAGAGAGAGAGAGAGAGAGAGUUGGGGUAGGUGCGUGCGGUGUGGAUAGCGCUAUGGAGCCGAGCCCGUUCGUUCGGGUGACGGUGGAGUCGCUCGCGGUGAAGUUACCGGCGGUGACCCGACCCGCCGGGCCCGGCGUGCACCCGUCCACGACCCCCUGCUUCUGCACCCUCCGCAUCCCCGACGUCGUGCCGUCCCAGACCGCAGCCUCCGUCUCCCUCCCCCUCGCCGACGAUCCGACGGCCGCGGCGUCGUCCGCGUCGGCGCCGUCGACGCCCGUCGUGAUCAGCCUCGGGCCGGACGCGGUUCGGCGGCUCGCGGGCAAACCGGCCGGCUUGGUGGUGACGGUCUACGCGGGCCGGAGCGGGAGCACGUGCGGGGUGAGCGCGGGGAGGGCGAUGGGGAGGGUGAGGGUCGGGGUCGAUGUGGAGGGCGCGGGGAAGGGGGGGAAGGGGGUGGUGGUGGCGCAUAGCGGGUGGGUUCCGGUCGGGUCCGGCUCGGGGGCGAUGCUGCAUUUGGUGGUCCGGGCCGAGCCGGACCCCCGCUUCGUGUUCCAGUUCGGCGGCGAGCCCGAGUGCAGCCCGGUGGUGUAUCAAGUGCAGAGGAGCGGGCGCGGCGGUGGGUGUGUUCGCCAGCCCGUUUUUAGCUGCAGGUUCAGCGCCGACCGGAGACGGUGCACCACCAGAUCCAGAUCACUGCCGUCCGAUCCGGAUCAGUCGAGCGCGGGCAAGCUCAGGUCGUGGUUCGGCUCCUUCGGGCGCGAGCGGGACCGGCGCUACUCCUCCUCACAGCGUCGGAUGGAGCAGCGCAAGGGAUGGACGGUGACGAUCCACGACCUGUCGGGGUCGCCCGUGGCGGCGGCGUCGAUGGUGACCCCGUUCGUGCCCUCCCGGGGCUCCGACCGCGUCUCCCGCGCCAACCCGGGCGCGUGGCUCAUCCUCCGCGCCGCCGCCGGCCCCCACGGCUCCGGCCCCAACUGGGAGCCGUGGGGCCGGCUCGAGGCCUGGCGCGACCGCGGCCCCGUCGACGCCCUCGGCUACCGCUUCGACCUCCUCUCCGGCCCCGGCCCCGGGGUCGGCGCCGGCUCCGGCUCGGCGAUCCGGCUGGCCGAGUCGGUGCUGAGCGUGCGGCGCGGGGGCAAAUUCGCCAUCGACCUGACGGAGGGCCACGUGGCGGGAUCGGGGCCGUCGGGCGGCGGGGGGUUCGUGAUGGGGUGCGCGAUCGAGGGGGAGGGGAAGGUGAGCAGGCCCACCGUGGAGGUCGGGGUGAGCCACGUCACCUGCGUGGCCGACGCGGCGCUCUUCGUGGCGCUCUCCGCCGCCGUCGAUCUCAGCAUGGACGCUUGCAAGCUCUUCUCGCGGAGGCUGCGGAAGGAGCUCUGCGGCGAUCAGGAUCAGGACUAGUUCCGGGUUGGGAAAUCGGACGGCUCCUGUUGCUCUCGUGAGGUGAUGGCCAAUUUGGCGUUUGUUAUCGUGUGGUGGCGUUGGUUUGAUCACGACGAGGAGAGAGAGAUUGUCUAAUAAUGUAUACUCACUCCUAUUCUUUUAUUCAUUUAUGCUUUUGUUUUUUUGUUUUUAAUUUUGGUUUCAUAUUUUAUUUGAUUUAUAGUGAGGCCAUUUCAUCUUU